AUGUUCCUAGGCUAUUUAGCUCCUCAGAAAAUUCCAGAGCGUAUUAUGAUGCCAAUUUUCAUUGUCCCCAAUGCAGGUCUCUCUAAUUUCAAUAUUAUCGAAACAAAAAGGAUUCUUGAGAUUGCAAGAAUCCCCCCAUCCGUGAACCAGAGGGAAAUUCAUCCUAUUCUUCUCAUGGCUCACCAGCCACUUGGGGGUCGACCACUCGAUGUUGUUCGCGGAAAUCCAGACACGCCCCUCCCAACUGAAGAUCCAAAGGCAUGUACAUUUAUCGUCCACUUUAUCGAGUCCUUUACCGAACCCAGUAUGAGGGGUGAUUUGAAUGGGGAAUCUGACUCUGAACAGAUUAAAAAUAUUGCUACUAGAUAUGAUGUCUCAACAGCACAGGCUACUCAUAUGACACAAAACAUCCAUCUCAAGAGACUACGCGAAGGAGAUCUUCGCCUCAUUGACCAAUUAUCAUCUCAGCGACUCGGAGGCCCUGCCAGGUUCCUCGACCCCAGCCGACAUCUAGGCGUUGAUAUAUUUGACGAGCAGAAUGAUCAGCCAGCCGACAAUCAUGCUCCGUGGGAUUGA